ACGACACGCGUGCGCAGUUUGCACCACGUGUUGAAACAUGGCGGUGGCUUGUCCAGUUGCUUUCUCCACAAAUGGGGAGUUUCUAGCGUAUUCUGGUCCAGACGGGGUGCUUAAAAUAUGGGAUGCAUCAACAGGUCAAGUAAAGCAAGAAUAUACACCGAGUUCUCAUCUCUCAGCUACCUGUAGUUGUCUGUCAUGGGGUCCAGGUCGACAUUUUUCUUCUGCUUCAUCAAGAAAGAAAAAGAAGAGGAAGUCUGGAGGUGCAAGCGAAAUUGGAGAACUCGACUUGAUAGCAGUGGGAACUACGAAUGGCAGCAUUCUCCUUUACAGUGUGGUGAAAGGAGAACUCCAGACACAGCUGGUGGAUCAUACAGACACUGUUAACGGAAUAUGCUGGUACCCAGAUGGUGAAAUUCUUUACAGUUGUUCCAGUGACCACCAUGUUGCAGAAUGGGACGUAAUGUCAAAUAAAGUUAAACAAAAAUGGAAAGUGGAUCGAGGACCAGUCUAUUCUGUUUGUCUGUGUUCAAAAACAUUGUUGCUCACUGCAAGCAGAUCAAUAAAAUUAUGGAACAGACACAACCGACAGUUAUUACAGACAUUCACAGGUCAUUCAACGGAAAUCUCCAGAUUAUUAUCUAUACCACAGUCUUCAGACGGCCACACGUUAUCAGACGCAGCAGAUGGGCACUAUUUUUUAUCAACAGCUUUAAAUGACAGAUUAGUAAAUGCCUGGUUUGUUAAUAAAGAUUAUAAUGAAAAGAAUGCAGUAGCAACAUUUUCAUUGCCUGAUGAAUCCGUUCACUUAAGCCUGAAUACAUCAUCACAUGAUCAAUCUCUCUUGCUAACAGCGGUAUGCAAAAAUGGUCAGGUGCUGAUAUUUGAACAUCUCUUGAAUGGUAAAUUGAAAGCUCCGCUGCAGCCCAAAGUGUCGAUACAGAUAGCGUGCUCUUCUGGUAAAGAUGAUACACCUCGCCCCAUUCCAGUCCUGGCAGUGCACGUGGGAGAAGACCGGGAAAGAUGGAUCCUGCUGGCUCACGGAACCUUCCUGAAACCAACCUUUGAGAAAGUUGUGUAUGAUACAUCCCAGCCCAGCGUGUGCUUAAUAAGAGACGACCCGACCCAGACGACAUUGAAAAAAGAUUCUAGUCUAGCCAAGAUAAGAACCCCUGAUGUGUCGAAAGAAGCCACGGUUUUAAUGCCAGGUCACAUGGUGCCGAGAGAGCCUGCUACUAGACCAAGAAAGAGAAGAAUUUCAACGGGAGAGUUAACAAUGGAACAAAGACUGGAUGCUAUCAGUAUUGAGAAGACGUCUGCUAAAGCGCCCCCUGUUGCCAAUAAUUUUGCUCUGCUUCUUACACAGGGACUCACUAGCAAUGAUAGCAAAAUUUUAAAUCAUGUGUUACAGAAGACUGGUGACCGUCUGCUGAAAAACACCAUCAAGAAGCUGCCGAUCACCAUGAUCAUACCCUUGAUGCAGGAGCUCUCUCGCAGAAUGCAAGGAUCACCACAAAGUGGUUCCAAUACAGUCAAGUGGAUAAAGACGGUGCUUGCUAUUCAUACAUCGUACUUAAUAACUUGUCCCGAUAUUAUUGAAAAACUAAGCGGGCUUUAUCAGAUGAUGGAUUCCAGGGUGUCCACUUUCAGCAAGUUGUCACGGUUACAAGGAAAGCUUGAUCUCAUGCUGGCACAGAUUUCAACAAAUGAUGCUGAAGAAGAGGAUGCUUCUGGAAAAACGGAACAGCCAUUGUUAAUGUACCAAGAUGAAUCCUCUGAUGAAGAAUUUCCAAUUGAAACCAUUUUACCGAGUGAAUCAGAGGACAACUGGGAAGAUGUUUCCAAUAUGGAUGAGGAAGAGAAAGAAGAAACUGUGGAAAAUGGACAGGAGCUCGAGAGUGAGGAGGAAUCUAGUGAGGAGGAAGAUGAUGAUGAAAUGGAAGCAGACUGAGUUGUCCUGUUUACAGACCAGAAAUAAAAUUGUCCUGGGACAGAUGUGUCUUUCGUUGUUGACAUAUCUCUUUAAAACAAACCAAAAAAAAGUGGCAGGAAAUUGGUGUUCCAGUGCUUAAAAUGUUUGAAGACAUGAUUUGUCUUCUAGCUCAGAUCUUCAGUACUAACAUAAUAGUAUUGUCCAGAUCAGCCGGUAUUAGUAUGCGAUGGCCUGUUGCUCAGAGAUUGGAAAGUACAACUGUUAUACAAACAUUAAUGCAUGUAAUCUCCAAAUUGAUAUAGGUCCCAUUUUGAUGAAACGAUAUUAGCGCUAAGAUCAUCUUAACUAUCUUAUGCACUUAAGGUGAUCUUAGUGCUUAGAUCACUUAAUGGAACUGGGACCUGAUCACUAUACCGAUGUCCAUAUAAAAAUAUAAAUAUACAUAUACAAAUGUAUAUAUGCUUCAUAUUAUGGUUUCAAGAUAACCAUAUUUUUACUGCCAUAUUCUUAAUAAGUCUUUAAAAAGAAAAAAAAAUUGAUGAAUGCAUGUUUUAUGUGUGUAUACGUGGUGGCUGGAUGUGUGUUUCUAUACUUCAGAGUAGAGUAAUAAUUAAUAUCAUUUUUAUAAGAAAUGAGGUAGUUGCUAGAAAGUUGAAUAUACUUCUUUUUUUUAACAUCUUUAAAGUUUAAAACAAGUGGCUGUGAUUUUAUAAUACAUACAUAAUAUAUGGGUUAGAAGUCAUAACAGAUUGCAUUUUAUUUAAUUGAAAAAAGCCUGAGAUCAUAUUUUGUGGCGAGUUUCAUGUAAAUUGGGCGUUUUCUAGCAGUCAAUGAAAUGCAGUAUGCACGAGGUGUUGGAUGAAAAUUGUGAUUUAAUGAGAGAAAAGUUAAAAAUGGACUUUUAUGAAGUAUAAGAAUUGAUGGAAUUUUAGUUGUUGAGAAUAUGGUAUCUCAUCAAUAGAAAAGGACCGAUUAAUUUGUAAGUACAGAAAUGAUGCCUGUACACCGAAGGGUAACUGGACAAAUAAUAAAUAAAAUAUAAUAUCAGA